AUGCUCGCAGCCCCCCGUCCGCCUCGCACGGCCGCUUUCACUAACAUGCAGGUCUUCAACUUCUACUUCCGGCCGUGCCGCGACCAGUACGAUGAGGUCAUUCUCGAGUACUUCCGUUGCCGGUGCGGUGCGGUCAGGAAGCGAGUCACCGGGACGGGGUACUCGAACCUGAUGCAGCAU